AUGCCCAUCACGUCUAUUGACGCGACUGACGUGAACAAGCUCACAUCAGGACAGGUUAUCAUAGAGAUACAGUCCGUUGUAAAGGAGCUAGUUGAUAAUUCACUUGACGCAGGGAGUAAACAGAUUGAGAUUGUCUUCAACGAUUAUGGGAUCAAAGGCAUUGAUGUCAUUGACAAUGGCAAAGGGAUAGAUAAGGAUGACUACGAGGCCCUAUGUUUGAAGCAUCACACCUCGAAACUCUCCAAUUUCGAGGACUUGGAAUCGGUUUCUACAUUGGGCUUCCGUGGUGAAGCCUUGGCUUCCUUAUGUGCUGUGGCAAGAGUGAAGAUUACAACUUGUACUGCCUCCACAUACCCUAAAGCGGCUACACUUGAAUACGACAGCAUGGGUAAAAUGACGUCUCAAAAUGUGGCUGUUUCCGGGAAGAAGGGUACAACUGUCAGCGUUCAUGACCUAUUUUAUGGCUUGCCAGUAAGACAAAAGUAUUUUGCCAAGAACGCAAAGAAAGAAUACUCGAAGGCCUUGUCGCUCUUAGUGGGCUAUCUCUUGCUCUAUACAGAUGUACGUUUUGUUGUAUAUCAAAUAAGUGGCAAUACUGGGAAGAAGUCGAUGGUGAUGGGAACUCAGGGAAGAGGAGCAUCCGUAUUUGACACACUUGUGAGUGUUUAUGGAAGCAAUGGCGCCCAUGGUCUCAUUCCUAUUGACAUUGCCACCGAGAAUAUUGAAGCCAGAUUUAAACUUGGGAUGACAAGUGUGCCUGUAUCGCUAAAAUUCCGUCUAAAGGGCCUUAUACUGGAUUAUUCCUUCGGCAUGGGCAGAGGAGCACUGGAUAGGCAAUUCUUAUACGUUAAUAAGAGGCCAGUGGUACACAAAAAGUUCACGAAGAUACUUAAUGAGGUUUACAAGACUUUCAAUCACACGCAGCUGCCAGUUUUUGUCCUUGACAUUGAGAUUGACCAGACUUUCGUCGAUAUUAAUGUUACACCAGAUAAGAGAAGCGUCAUGGUACAAAAUGAGGAUCUUUUAGGCGAGGUUCUACGGGAGGAGGUGACCAAAUUCUAUGACGGUAUGCAUAACAUGGUACCUAAAAGUGACCUUGGAGUUGUGAGAUUAGGCUCCGGCCUGGAUGUCCUCGAUGGAAAGCGGAAGGCACUGUCCGAUAGGCCUGCCGACGACAAAUCAAAGCGCUUGAAACAAAUAACAUCCAAGUCAUUAACUGACACAUUCUCUAGCAAUAGCGAUACUAUUGUGAAAGACGCUGGAUCUAAUAAUUCCACUGCCAUUGAUAUGCACGAAGGAGAGGAAGCAGAUGAUGAAGAGCCGGAUAAGGAACAAGAGUCACAUCGAGAGGAAGAGGAAAAUCCAAAGGAACAUGAUGAAGACGAUCAACAAGUGCAGAUGGACGAGGAAAAAGAUGACGAGGACGAAGAGGAAGCAAACGAGCUUGAGGAGGAGAGGGUGGAAAAUCUUUAUGAAAAUGUCAGUCUAUCGGAAGAGAAAGCAAAACUGCCAAAUCAGUGUGGUGAUAUCGAUCAACACUCAAACCAAUCAAUUGAAGGUUUGCGCCACGAGUCUCCGCAAGUCGAGCUCCACCCAGAUCAGAGAGAGCAUGAUUUUGCGGCCCCAGAAAAUGCCGUGGAAGUGAUAGAAUUGACAAUGGGAGGCGACGAUAUACAUGUGUCUGAUGACGCCGCAGAUGAUAGCUUCUUGUUGACUGAAGAAGCGCAGCUUUUUGUGCAACAAGAUGAGACAAUAGACGGCGAUAACACGGGUGUCACAAGUGACCAUGAAGCAGAUAAAUCCACAACAAAACCAUUGCAAGAAGAAGCCAAUGCUACUGUGGGUGCUACAGAUGACGGGGUGAACUCUGACCACGAAGGCCACCAUUGCAAACAUUCGCUACAUGAUGAGACGUUCGAGGUUGAUGAGAGCCAACUCCCGACUCACUCAGUUGGAUCGGCGCUUGGACCAGCGGACCGUCCCCUCACAAGUCCCGGAAAAAAGACGUCCUAUAGCGAACCCGUCAAGGGCAUCAGCAGGGUUCUCAAGCUAGACAAGUUCGAUUUGAGCAGUUGUAUCCAGCCUGUGCCAGAAAUCAAGAAGGAGAAAAUCAAACAAGAGAAAGCUACUUUGGUGAAUGUUCACGAUGUGAGGGAGAAACUUGUGAUUCAGAAGCUGGACUUCCCGCUCAUGGAGGUUGUCGGACAGUUCAACCUUGGCUUCAUUGUGGUGAAGCACGAGGAGAGGCUUUUCAUAGUGGACCAGCAUGCGUCGGACGAGAUCUUCAACUAUGAAAGGCUUUAUCGACUGCUUCUGCUUCGAGCGCAACCGCUUGUGAUUCCUCGCGUGUUGGAGCUUUCCCCAAUCGACGAGAUGCUUGUUCUCGACCAGCAAGAGCAGCUACGCAAGAACGGCUUUGUAGUAAGAGAAGCGCAGGAGCAAACACCCGGCAAGCGGGUGGAGCUUGUGGCAGUGCCGGUGCUGAAGAACGUGGUUUUCGACGACAGUGACCUCCACGAAUUAGUACAGCGCCUUCAUGACGUCGGGCCUACGCAAGGGUCUAUUGUACGGUGCAACAAGGUGGAUCUGAUGAUCGCUCUGCGAGCAUGCCGCCUGAGUAUAAUGGUGGGGCAAGCGCUCAACCGAGGCACGAUGGGCACGGUUGUGGCGCAUCUAGCGGAGCUCGAUAAACCAUGGAACUGUCCCCACGGGCGGCCCACGAUGCGCCAUUUGGCGGACCUCGAAGGUCAAGGGUUCACCGAAGACUACGAAUUUUGUUCCAACUGUGUUAAGAAGAAAUACCGAUGCGGCUACCUUGACUUCCCCCAGGACCGCUUGGACCAUAUAAGACGGAAGAACGAGCAGAAGCACCUCCUAGAUCCGCUGGAUCUGUCGGACAAACCCACAUCGCUGCUGGACACGCAUCUGGGCAAGAGAAGCUCGGGCAGGAACCCGGUGUCUUCCCUGGAGUCUACGCUACGGCUGAAAAAGCCUUCUAAUGGUGUCCAGAGGGCCCCAUCGGUCUUCACCAACAGCUCAGAGAACUUCAGGUCCCAGGUGUACUCCGCUAUCUUCAGCGAUUUGAACAACAACGAUAUAAGCGUCAUUCGUGAGAUGCAACGCACCGAGCUCAAACCCUGGCAGGACUUGCUGACGAUGUUUGAAAGUUCCGUUGCUCCAGACCUACCGGACCUAUCGAUGGAAAAUGCAUACUGGCCCACGCAUCUAGAUUUCGGCGGUUCAGGCUACAUCGAAUCUCAAAUGGACGUAGGCACGGAACGCUCAGACUUCGAAACCCCAUCUCACUUCACAGACAAUAACCACGCGGAGACAUCCAGCUUCAAAAUCGACUUCAACAGUUCUAAUGAACUGUCUCCGCAAAUCAACGACAAGAUAAAGCGCGAAAUAUCGCCGGUGAUUAAUGAUGAAUUUAAAAGCGGACACAAAAGGCGGAGUCCGUCCCAGUUCAGAAGGAAGGGAACUCCCCUACCGCACGCAGUCAUUCAGACAACUAGAUUCGCCAGAACUGUUGUUCCUCCCUCUCUCAAGAAUCCCUUUCUUGAGAAUGCCUUGCGCGGCUUGAAAAACGGUCGCCUUGACGUUCGCGAGUUCACAAACGAUAAGUUCACCGCCAUCAUCCAGCCGGUCUGGAGAGAUCAGCUCUACCAGCAAUUUUGGCUUGCCAUAUUCAAUCAGGCAUCCAUUCUCAACUUGUAUUUUGUUUACUUCAUCGAUAAAGCUGUGAACAUUUCCAAAAGAACCGCGCAGAUCAUCGUGAACCGGGAGUUUGAAAACUUCAGUAAUCAGUCAUCCGCAAGUCUGACGUCCACAAGCUCCUCUCCGUUGAGCAAUCAAAGUCUAAGUCCUGCAAGCUUAGGAAAUAGAUACUCCGACUUUUUUUACAACCCGGAUGACCUCAAGAGACUCAAUCGUUUGCUGUAUGUCACAUACGGAAGACUCUUACGAGCGUUGCGUGAAUCGACUGCCAAUUAUCAUCAGGAAUUCCCCAUCAAGAUGUCCAUGUUUUCUGCAUGGGCAUGCUUUUGGAAUACUUCAUCUGAUGUUUCCACACUUUGCAUGAUGUUUACUGGUGCCCUCACGCUAGCGACGAGACUACUCGCAGAUGCAUCCACUAUUGAUGACGUGAGCAUGGCCGUGAGACAAGAAAUUAUGAUAUUAAAUCUUCAUUCCACUGCAUCAAUCAUCCCGGACUUUCUGAUCACUGCUAUCACUGAAUUGUCCAACACAUUUAGCUCAUACAAAAGAAUUGUGAGUGAUCUCCUUUACAACCAUGAAAAUGGACUCGUUAAGUACGAGCCUCUCACGGUGGAGACAUUGCAGAAUCCUAUUUUCAAGCACAAUGUCCAUGAGAUGACUUCGUUUUUGAAGAAGCUUCAGCAUGAAUACAUCCCUCAAAUGAGAACCAUCAACAACCACUUUAAGAACUUGCAUGGUAUUGAUCCUCUGGUGGAGGACUACAAGUUCGUGUCCCCCACCCUCAUUUACAACUUGACAUACGACUGGUUUAGGGUCUUCAGGGGAGACAAAUUUUCAAUGAUCCCCAACACAAGCAUUUUGAACAGGUGCCUUUCAUUGUUUUUCCAUGCUCUUGGGAGGGCCAUGGCUCAAAGCAUCCCACCAAUACGAUGUGUCAUGCUCUUGGAUCCAUGUUAUGUCAUUGCUCCAAAGUACGGUUUCGAAGUUCCGCAGCCUCGCUAUGAAUAUAUGAACGAGUUUGAAGCAUUAUAUUCAAUUGACAUGGGGUUGGUGCGGAUGAUCAAGUUUUUCGAAUUCCGUCAAGCACUUUUUGGGUACCAUAUUGGCCACACUUUGGUGUCUGACUACAUUCAUCGUGUAGCAGAAAUGGCACCCGCUGAUUUUGAGUAUAAAGAUAUUGUGAGACUCGGACUCGACAAGAUUCGCGUCGCCGAAAUGCAGCCCGCUAAUCUCAUAACGGGAACGCUCGAGGUCCAGAAUUUCCCGAUUUUCGAUGACAUAACGCAAGAUCCGCAAUGCUACCAUACACUUCGGCAGGAGCUCGACCGGCAGGCAGUCGCCAGACGUACUGAGCCUUGCAUUUUUGAUUAUGUGAAAGGUCUACUGAAUCAUGACUUCCAACCGGACAAGGUUUUGGAGGUAUACAUGAGAAAGAGGCAGGCCGAGCUGAUGACACAGAUAUCGCCUGGUCUUGAGGAAUUGCGUGUUUUCGGUGAACUUUUUUCAAAAAGCGGAAACGAGCUCAUCAAUGCCAUCAACAAAAAUAAACUGGCGCUCGAGGACUUCCACAGAGCCAAGCUGGCUCAGGUGAAAAAUCGUGAGAGGCUUGACAACAGAAUCAACGAAAGACUGUCCGAUCAGGAUCUACGGCGUAAGAAACCCCCUUCAGAGGUCAAGAAGGAACCCGAGGUCAAGAAUGAACCUGACCUGCCUUUUUCGAGAGAGGCUCUGGCUGAGGCCGAGGAGUCUGAUCGAAAGGGCCUCGCUAGCCUUCGUCUAGAUGAUGGCGAACCAUCUGCUCGGGAGAAGUCUCACUCCGACUUCCACGAGGAGCCGGUACAUUUGAUGGCAUUGGACACAGAUAUCUUACCCAUGGAGAAUCAGAACUUCUUGGACCACCAUAUCCCUGACGAUGUCUUGAUCGGGAUGAAUCACGAAGUUCCGGGCCAAAGCACUCUUCCUGGUGGUGUUCUGGAUGUUCUCAAUUUUCAGCAUAACGCCAUUACCCAGAAUUUUGACAACUUGUUGACCACGGGAGACGCGACUCAGAUUAUCUACCCAGUGUAUUCCAUUCACAACAGCUCUUCUGUUACUCCAGGUAACAUGGAAUGGGAGGGCGAGUAUCCUGGAACGGAUAAUAUCCUGGAUCUUUUGCAGUAUCAACGGUCACAGGGACCCACAGGCCCAUUUGCAGCAGCCAGGGAUGUAUUUCGUUCUCCUGAGGUUACACGUCGAUCAAUGAGCUUGAUAUCGACUGACUCGGCUCCCUCGUUUGUGCCGAUAUCACCGGGACCAGCUCUUCCAGGAGCACAAGUUUCUCGUAAGAGAUUUAAAGUGCGAGCAAGACAUACUACCAAUUACGAGGAGCUUCUUUACAACACUACCGCAACGUUGGCGCCACGAAUCGCCAAAGGUGUGUCUACUCUACCUGAGAUCAGAAGCUUGUACCAUGUUUGGAUCGGCUACUUCAUCUACAAGGCAUUCAAGUCGGGUGUGAUGUUUCUGUGCUUGAUAAACCUCACAACGAAUUAUCUCAUUACGAAUGUCUUCUCAGCAGAGCUGGACACUCGGUUUGAUGCUCUUGUGCUGCUUACGAAAACAAGAAACAUGCUCUUGGUUCACCUGAUUCAACACUAUGCAACUGUGAUCAAGGGAUUGCGCUCAUUGCUCAAUCAUCAUGGUGAUCCAGAGAUGGCAGCGUCAGUGUCAUACAUUUUGUCGCUCAUGUCAAUUUACGAUCCAGGUGCCACGGCACACUCGACCACCUGCUUCCGUGAUGGCAUGUUCCUGGUGCUUAGUUAUACGUUGCAUCAGUCAACUCGACAGGGUAUCGAACCUCCUAGACUCAUCCCGAUUCAUUUGCAAUUAAUGACAAAUGUUGCGAGGACGGUGUACUUGCCAGGCUAUGGGACACUGUUUUUGUACGAGUUUGAAAGCAUGUUUGCGAGAUUUGGCUCCCUUAUUGAUCGUGCUGAGCGGGCACUGAUGCAUGGUGGUGGCAACUUGGUGUUUUUGAGAAGAAAAUAUAACGAUUUAUUGCUGUUCUCAAAAGAUUCCAUCAGACACCACCUCCCAGCGUUGGAUUCGCACAUGGACGACAUUGAAUUCCAGGAAGACGUCCUCUUCACUAUGUUCAAUCGCUGGUCCAAGCUUCAGCCUCCAAGGUUUUUGGCAGCUAACGGGUGUGCGGAGGGACUUGAAAAAGUGCUCAACUUAUUCUACCGAGUGUUUCGAAAGGCGAUUUUUGCGGUCGUUCCGCAAGUUCGUUUCCUCUUUCUUCGAGACUUUGACUCGCCGCUCAUGUUGGAUGUGUUUGCCAACUACAACACAACGACGAUCUUGGAAGAGCUCAAGGACCUGAGCCGUGCUUCAGUACCGCAUGAUUUGUACAACGAGUUUGUACCCGAACUUCAGUACUUGGCUGCGUACUGUGUGCGUUUGAUUACUUUCCUCACCAUCAGAACGGCAAUCUUGUACCGUAAUUUGGUGUAUGAGGAGAAAGUUCGGCAAAUGAUCCCCAUCUACAACGUUGUGGAGUGGCGGAAAUCGAUUACCAAUAUCGAAGAGACGAGGCAGGAAUUCCAUGAGCUCAUUGGGCUUCUGGAAUACCCCAUUCUGUCAUUUAAGGAUACAUAUAUUACGCUGUCCCACUAUCCGCAGAUAGUGGAUCCGCAGAGUCCCGGAGCCAAAUUGGCAACCCCACGUCCUCCAGAAAAUGAUGGAGCUGACGGCGAGGUUGACAUGCUCCUGCUCCAGGCCAAUGGCUUGUUGAAGCAUGACUUGUUUCCGGAACUCUGA